AUGUCGAACGGUCCUCCGCCACGCCCACCUCCAGGCAUGGGUUUACCGCCAUUUAGGCCUAAAUUUGCGCCGGGCUCGGGGGCUAUGCCUCCGUUUCCCCCUCCGGGUUUCUCGCCCAACGGACCUCGAGGCAGCGCGUCGCCUGCCGGCUACGGACCAAAUGCCCGGGGCGGCAACCGCCCGGGGUAUCCCCCGCCAGGGGCUGGGCUACCGCCUAUGCCGUCCGGUUUCCCGACGCCGCCGCACCAGGCGUACGCGCGCACACCCAACCACUCUGGCCCAAAGAAGGACGUCAAGACGACUAAGAUCUUUAUCGGCAGCAUAGCACCGGGCAUCAGUGACCAAGUCUUGCGGGAAUUGCUGAAUGCGUGCGGGCAGCUGCACGAGCUCAAGCGCGUCGAGGGCGCCAACGGCAAGCCGCAAGCAUUUGGGUUCGCGAUGUUUGAGAGCCCAGAGGUCGUUCUGCGCUGCAUUCGGUGUUUGCACGGUGUCGAGCUCCCAGAUAUGACCAGCGAGGGGCGGCGCAACAAUACCACCAAGCCGCUGGUGGUCAAGGCGGACCAGAAGACGGCUGAGUUCCUCAAGGAGUUUGAAGACACGCUGGGCCGCUCAGAGUUUGACGAGAGAGCGGACGAAGCGGCGCGCAACACGAUCGGACACAUUGUCGCGCGUCUGACCGACCCCAACAGCUCGUUCUCCGAGUCACGUCGGCGCGGCGGGCGCCACUCGCCUAUCGACGUACACGUUCCAGCCCAUCUGCGUGACUUGAAGGAGGGAGACUUGCCGGAGACGCAGCGAGUCGCGGUGCUUGAUCAGAUCGCCAUCUUCCGGGAGAACGCAGCACGACGCGAGCGCGACAAGAAAAGUCUUGAGGAAGAGCGCGAACGGUUCAAGACGAUGCAGGCUCGCGGACAGCCCGUCGGAUACGGGUAUGGCACGCGCGCGUUCCCCAAGUCCGAGGUACCCAAGGGCGAGCCCUCGCGGAUGCGUGAGAAGGACCCACAGGCGUACGAUAAACCAGUGUCGUUUGUGCGCCCUGAGACGGCUGAGGGCAAGGCGGUUAGUGAGCGAACAGACGAGGAGGAGGAGGUGCUACGGCAGCAAAAGAGCGACCGGGAGCGCUCGUCGACUCUGCGAGAGCGCGAGCACCGCGUGGAGAAGCACGAAAGGCAGCGCGUCGAAGCUGUAAUGCGUGAAGAGUCGGUGCGGAGACAGCGGAGCGAGAACGAGACGCGCAAUAAGCGCCUAAUCUCGGACGAUCUUGAACACUGGGACGACGACGAGCUGGAAGAGCGGGGAAAGGAGCUCUUCUACAGCGACAAGGCAGAGUGGCGCCGGCAACGCCAGCAGCAGCGGAUACGUGAGGAGGAGGACGACAUUGAGGACCGGAGAUUGGAGGAUGCCGAGAUCAAGGCGCUAGAGGCCGAGUCUGAAGACUUCCUCAAGCAGCAGGCUGCCGAGAUGGCCGCAAUGGAGGAGAAGCAACGCAAGAAGGGCCUCCUCACUGAGGACGCUGCACCUGUUAAACUCAAUCUCUCUACAGCCAAGAUCACAGUACCCGAGCCAAAGGAGGAGAAGUCGGCACCCGUUGCCAAGCCAGGCGUCACGUUCGGCGACGACGAGGACGAGGACGAGGCGAGUGCUGCGAAGAAGAAGCGUACCUUUGUAAAGCUCGACUACGACCAGAUCGUCGCUGAGGCCGGUAUACCCGACGAGGCCGAGGUGGCGAAGCAGAAGGCGCGGCUGCUCGAGAUCACAAAGUCGCUGCCAACGUCGACGCGCUCGAUCUUUCGGAGUAGCGUCGACUGGAGUGCUGUGCAGCAAGUCAUGCCCAAGAUCAGGGAAGUGGUUGCCGGCGGUAUUAAGGAUGCACUCGGGGAGGUUGAUGAGGACCUCGCUGCCUUUGCCAUGGAAGGCAUCAAGGAGCAGAAAGGGGCUGAGGACCUCGUGGACGAUCUGAGUCCGAUUCUCGCGGACGAGGCGGAGGUAUUCGUCACGAAGCUGUGGAAGCAACUCGUCUUCGAAUCCAAGGCGGCGGCGCAGGCAGUAGACACUGGUAGCAUGACUGUGUGA